GGUUGAGAAUCUUAAAACCAUGAGUUUCCGUAUCCAAGAAAUGCGUCGUCGUCUUUAUGUAAAUCUCAUUGAACUUGAUACUCCUGGAACUUGGAACCACAUUACUGAUCAGAUUGGAAUGUUUUCUUUUACUGGACUCAAACCACAACAAGUUAAAGUCAUUAAAGAAAAAUAUCAUGUGUAUUUGACAGAUAAUGGCCGUAUUUCUAUGGCAGGUUUAUCUUCUAAAAAUGUGGAAUAUUUUGCGAAAGCUGUAGAUGAUGUUGUUAGAAAUUACCCUUAA